UUAAUUUUUCAUAUCCACUUGGUUGUUUUCUAGGCGCCAUAUUAUUAAUAUAUUAUAAAUAUAUAACAACCAAACAAACUCAAUAUAUAGUAUAGUUAAAAUAUAUAACAAAAAAAUUUAAAAUUAUGAAAUAAUAGAACUUUGAAUGAUUUCAAAUGUUGGCUUUUAAUUCUGAACCAUGUCCCUUAUGUUACAAUGAAAACUCAAGUCGAUAGAGGAUGGAGACCGAGUCACCUUUACCGAGCUAUCGAGUCACCAUCUCACAUUACUAUGAGUCUGUGAGUUCAGAGCACUCUGUGUGUGUGAGAAAAAAAGAGAGAGAGAGAGAAGAAGAAGAAGAAGAAGAGUUUUUUGUUUUAGUUUAAAUGAGAGGGAGAAAGAAAAAAAGAAUUGCUUUUGAAUUGGUUUACCGAGAGAGAGAGAGUGUUAAAAGUUAAGGUAAUGAUUUCACUUUUGAGUUUCUGAUUUUUUUUAAUUUGAUGUGACCUUUAAGUUCAAUUUUUUUUUUACUGUUAAUUUUUUAAAAAUAUUUAAUAUUGGAUUGGGCUAUGGGCCUAAAUGAUUGAUUGGACUUAUAUUUUUAUAAGACAUUUUUUACAUAGGUUAUUUAUGGUAUUUAAAAUUUUGCGGCCUUCCUUUGAAAUGGGGCUUAAAACCCAAGCUUUUUAAAAUGUGUUGUUGGGCCGGCCUUGGUUAUCUAUAACAUAUAUUUAUUCCAUACUUUAGUAUUCCCUUACAAAAGUAUUCUUUUAUGCGAGGAUAUGAAAUAGGCGGAAGAAUUUCUUGCUGGAUUGAGCCUCUUGUCUUGUUAUGAUUAUAUUGAUCACUCUUGUGAAUACAUAGUGAAGCAGCUCUCAAGCAUGCAAAAACAAAGUGAAUGUCCUGAAGAAUUUAGGGAGGUUGUGGCAUCCCUGAUGUUUGCAGCUGCAAGAUUUUCUGAUUUGCCUGAAUUGCGUGACCUCAGGGAUCUAUUUCAAGAGAGAUAUGGAAAUUCGUUUGAAUACUUUGCUAAUCAAAAGUUCGUUGAGAGGAUAGCCAUGAAGCCUCCCACAAUGGAGAAGAAACUCAAGCUACUGCAAGACAUAGCAGCAGAAUUCUUAAUAAAAUGGGACUCGAGAGAUUUUGAAAAGAGGAUGGCUGCUCCCCCUGCAUUAGCCCAGGACCAACCUAAGAAAUAUGGGUCUUUCCAUGUCACUGAGGAUCGAAACAAAUUGCCAAAAGCUGAUAAAAAGGAUGUUUCAUCCAAAGAGAACAGUAAGCUUCCAGAUAAUGGUCAUGGAUUGUGUACUGGAACGGAGGGCAAUGUCUUGAGAAGAGAUGAAUUGGACCUUCAGCUCUUUGGAAGAAGGGAGUUCCCCAGUAAUGGACACAACCUGGUUUCCAGUAAGGGAGGAACUAUUCUGAAAGGAGACAUCAAUAACCUUUCACACCGAGGAAGGCACGAAUUCACUGCUGAUAAGCAAGGGCCAUUGAAUGAGAAGGAUGUUAGAGCCAUAAAGUCUGUUAGAUCAAGCAAUACAUCUCAUGGUAAAAAGUUGAAAUCCAUUAAUAGUGGAUACCUUCCACACAGUGAUAGGGUUAAUAUUGUCUCUAAAGCAGAAAGCCAGGAUCAUUUCUCUCAUGGAAAAUCGGAAGUUGGAGGUAUUUGUGUAGGACAAUCUGUAAGGAGUGAUGAUGGAGAUGCCUCCUAUGCGUCUAAUGACUAUGCCAGUCACCAAAAUGUAGUUAACUUGACAAGAAAACUGCAGGAGGAAGAAGCAGAUAAGUCAAAAUCGUACUACAGUGGUGCCCUUCCUCCGCCUUACGUUAAAUCAAAAGAUAAUGUAAUCCCUCCACCAUAUAUUAAGCCAAAAAAUGGCAAACAUGAAUCCGGCAGAGUUUCUAAGAAUGCGGGUUCCGAAGGUGAUGGAUUUUCCAUGGAUACUUCACCCCAUGAUAGGGGGAAGGCAGUUGAUAGUUCAGACCGUAAAGUAGAUCAUUCUGGCCAGGAGUGGCAAGGUCGUCGACCUGCUAGAGUAAAGAGUCAUGGUCAUGAGAAAGAUCAUCAUUACCAGGAUGAUAUACCCUUGCCAAAACCAAGAUCCAUUAGGAGGAAACACUCAAAGUUCUCAUCUGGCCAUGAUGAUGCCUGCAGUUAUGAAGAUGGUGGGUUUCCAAAGAGAAGUUCAAGUAGCAGGAGAAGAGAGCAUUCAAGAAAGGACCUGCAGAUCUUGUUCAAUGAUGAGCAUUAUCAGAAAGAUGACGAGGAAAGGAUGAUAGAUAAACUGUUAUUACAUUACAGUAAAAAACCAUCAACCUAUGGCGAGGGAAAGUUGAGAAAAAGAUCACAAGCUCAUCCUUCACAUAAGAUAGCUCCUGAUGCUGGUGAUGACUACUACAAUCAAAGCAGGGAUGGGCAUGCUGUGAAGUCCGAAAUGGUUCCUACUCCCACCAGAUCCGUUUCUCUUCCCCGUGAGCAAACUGUUCCAUCAGAGGCCACGAAGGUUUUUACUCGUGUCAGCUCUUUCCACCCGAUAACCAGGCACGACAUGUGCAUCCCAAGUUACCAGAUUAUGAUGAUUUGGCUGCCCGUUUUGCAGCCCUGAGAGGGCAGUAAAGGGUAAGAGCGCUGAAACUUUAGAAGUUGCUUCCUCUCUUAUUUGCAUGACCGUAUCCUAUUUCCUCGCUUCAAUUUGCAUGGUGGUUCUUGUGCAGUCUGCAAGAACCUUUUACUCCCAGGAAGGGUUAUCCUCUAAUUACAGAUGAUUGAAUUCCUAUGGUAUAGUUUGGCUUUCAAAUUGCAUGAACCUUCCAGUUCCCCAUUAUUCAGAGUAUAGCCCUACAUUGUUUCCUCUAGUCCAUAAAAUGAGAUGCGUUUUGCCUGGCAGCUGUGGGGUGCUAGCUUUGAUCCUUUUCUGUUUUCCAUUUGUUGCAUCCUUAAGUACUAGAUACUUGGUUUGAUUGCAUUUUUGUGAAGUACUCGGUUGUAAAAGUAGGAAACAGAAAAAGUUUAGUGUGAGAUUGCUACUGUUUUAUUUUCCACUGCUAAUGAUAAACA